AUGAUCUCGAGCGUUUCUUUGUUAGUCUUGCUGGCCUCCAAUGUCGUCGCAGGACAGUUGUCACUCCAUGCUCUCCAUCGAACUCUAGCUCAUCUGGGCAAUUCAGCAGCUGCUGCGUUUUCCGGAUCAGGCGCCUUUUCUCCCGCCUCAUGGGCGGCUUUCCUGCCAAUAGGACUAAAGCAGGACAAGCGUCUGCUUGCCCUCGCUCCCGCAGCUCCAGCGCAUGUUGAGCAACUGCUAAAUGUGCCUCAGCACCCGCCGCCGCCAGUGGACACCGCCGGGCCCAAUGCUGAUGGAGCUGCGGACAUAGCAGACGCAUGGCGUGACGUCCCGGUCGACGAAGCAAGCGCACCAGCUGCAGCCCGAUCUUCUUCAGAGCACAACACCUUCAGGUACAAUCUGGAAGCGGUAGCACCAGCGGCGGCAGAGGCACCAGCGGAGGGUCCCUCUGCGGCAUCAGGGACCUGGACGACUUCCAGCAGCGGCUCCCAAGAACCCGACGAAGGAGCCGAAACCAGUACACCACCGCCAUCUGGGUCUGACGACUUACCAAACUACAACAGAGGCGACUCUGCGGUCGAAGAUGACAUUCGUUCCAGGGAUGGGGACCACGACUUCUCAGACGGGCUGGACAUUCGCACCGAGCCCGUCAUCACACAGGAUGACGAGUCCGCCGUUGCGCCAGCCGUGGAGGGGGCGCCCGGGGACGUAGAACCGAUGCCCGCGGAACCGAUACCUGCUGGCAUGGAGUCGUACAGCCCCGGGCUGCGGGCUGAAGAUAGCCGCCCGCAGUCAGAACUGAGCAGCAUGGUUCCAGAAAAGGAAGACUACGUACCGCAGGCAGCAUACUUCAGGGCAGUUGAGGAAGUGGCCGCAAUGCCAAUCGGAACUGAAGGGGGAGGGCGGUGGGGCGGAGAUGACGUGGGCCUGCUGCAGGCGGGAGCGGCAGCGGCAGAGGGGACGGAACAUGCAUUUAUGACGCCGGGCUCGAAUGAUGUGAUUCAGAUCGGGGAGAACACGUCAGUGACAGAUGCAGCGCAAGCAGCGCCUGCACCCUCACCAGUGAAAGCGGAGGUUUUGGAUGCAAGGUCUGCCGCCGAAAAGGCCACUUUGCACGUGAUCUCGGCGGGGCAAUCUAACGAGCUGGGUUUAAGUCCAGAUUGUUCCUUGGAACAAACCGAUCAACGAUUAGCUGCUCAGUCCCCCUGGCAAGAGGACGACUUGGCACUGGUGGACUUGCAAGGGGGGCAAUCGGUGGGACAAGUCCUCGCCUCCGGGGCUGGCGAGCCGACAUUGAAGGUUGCGGUUGCGGAGGCGGCAAAUAAGCCUGCGCCAUGGCAAGUAGCACUGGGGUCUGCUUCACUCUCGCUCUUGUACAAACUGUAUGAUGAUGAUACCGUGCAUGGAGAGAGGAGACGUUUCGCGGCCGACUUGCUCAAUUCACUUGCACGGCGAUCGCUAGCAGUGCAGCAGCAGCUUGCGGCGCCAAGUCACACAGUGGCCGCGGGCGUGGCUGUGGCCGCGGCCGCGGUGCUGCUUGUCGCCUUCCUGCAGAUUAUAUUAUCGGCUCGGGCAGCGCGCCGCCAGGCGCGGGAUCUACGUGUUGCCCUGGAAGGACUUGAAACUCAGGUGGCUGAUGCACGCAGUGACGCGAAACGGCAGCGUGAUGUGCGCGCCGCGACGGUUCGCGCGUUGGCGGUGUCAGCUCGGGAGCGUACAGCAGCCGCGGUGCAGAUCGCUCAGCAGGUUUCGGAGCUGCAGAUUGCGCAGACGGAGCUGACGGCUGCAUUAGUGUCUGCAGUGCGAGACUGGCAGGCUCGAGGGCAGAUGUUGACAGCAACCUUGAGGCGAUGCCGUCGAAGGGCGGAGCGCUUGGCUCAGAUGGCGGCUGUGGAGCGUGUAACGGCGCAGGGGGAGUUGCGGCUCCAAAUGGAGGCGGCGGAACGCCUGGCAGUGUCGGACAGGUUGCGGCACGCGCAGGAGCUAGCGGAGCUGCACCAGCAGAUUGAAAAGGAGCUGGACGCCGAGCGGCAGCGCAACUCAGCCACUGCGGCGGCGGCCCAGAAGCGCUGCGCGCAGUACGCGGCAGCGCUGCGAGAUCAGCGGCGGCGCAAUGGCCGCAACCUGGCGGCAUGGCUAGCGCUGCGUUCCUGGCUUGGGUUGCAAGUAGAGGCACUCUCGGAGCGGGCCACCAAGCUGGCCGCCGAGCAUUCUGCAGCCCUUGAAGAGGCAAACUCCGUAGUGGAGAGACAUCGGAUGCGCGUGGCCAUUGUAAAGCAGCAACUCGCGGAUCAGGUAGCAGUGGUGGUUGAAACUAACCGGACCAACGACGAGCUGGUCCAGUUGCUGGGGGAGAAGGACAGCGUUAUUCUGGAGCUGGAGAGCGAGCUGGCGGCCACGACCGCGGCACUCGAAUCGCAGCGACAGCAACGGGACGAUGUGCAGCAGGCUCUCACGUCCACGGAGGAGUCGCUGUCGUCCUCGCAGCGGGAGGCCUCAGCGCUGAGGGCGCAACUUCAAGACGCGCGGGCGGCUGUGAAGGACGCCGAGGCUCGCGCGGAGCAGCUCGCAGAUGCCAACGCCAUGCUUGAGCAGCAAAUAUCCCAGUUUGUCAAGACGGUGAAUUUGCUUGCGGAGAUGGAGGAGGUUAAUCUUGCGCCCAUAAGGGCCCAAGCCGCGGCCUUGGAGCGGCAGUUGGUGGCGGAUCGGGAGGCAGCGGCGGCUGUGGUGGCAGAUCGCGACGCGAAGCUCGCCGCUGCGGCUGCUGAACUCGCGGAGGCGCGCAGGGAGGCGGAGGCUGCGCAGCGUGCUCGUGGCGAGGCGGCCAAGAGGCUGGAGGAGUGUGAGCGUGAGCUGCAGACCCUGCAGCUGGAGCUGAGUCGGAUAGAGGAGGAAGGCCCGGACUCUGCCGUGGGGUUCAGCUCCAAGCAGCCCUCGCUGCGCGACCAGCAUCACGGCGACCAUCGUGAUCGGGACCAGGAGGCCGUAUUGCAGCAGUUGCUGGGCCCUCUUGCCGGGCUUACACCGCUCCCUCUGCCACCUGAUUCCCGGACACUUUUUGCGGUUGCAUCACCGGCCUCCGCCUCCGCUGCUGCUGGAGGCAGUUUGAUGUCCGUCGCUGAUCGGGGCGCUCCCAACCAUCUUAAGAAGCACAGCAAGGCAGCAGACAAGGCGCAGGCGCUGGCGUCACAGGAGGGCAGCGAGGCGGAGGGCGCCACACCUGCAGUGCCGUCCGGCGCGAAAAGGUCUCGCUCAUAUGACGGCACGCCCACUCCGUCCAUGCGGCUUUUCAUGCCAUCUGCCAACCAGCUAUACGUCUUCCUGAAGAAUCUGGCCUUGUUCUUCUACACCACCAACAUCGCCCUUCACCUUAUCGAGAACCCCUACCUCGUUCAGGCCUGCCCUGCCCUGGGGGUCACACUGCCCAGCCGCUGGAAACUAGCAACCACUAUGCUUGACGAGGCGCACGCGGAAACAGUGGUUGAGAAAGAGUGUGCGGCUGGGGAGGGGCUUGCGUGUAUUGCCAGUGACGGUUGGCGGAGCCGCGUUGCGCUGGGUGGUACCCCACUUAUCAAGUUUAAGACAGUCUAA